AUGGCGACCGACUACAGCAAGAAGACCAACCCUGAGUUGGUCGAGAUCCUCAAAUCCCGAUCUCUCCCUCACACCGGUAAAAAGGCCGACCUGAUCUCGCGCCUCCAACAAGACGACGAAAGCAAACCUGCCGAUGCUGCCGCCGCUGCUCCAGCUCCCGCCAAGACUGACGCCGCCGAGGAUGUCAUUGACUGGGACGACGAACCUACAGAGACUGCCGUGAAGCCAUCAACAGAAGCCGGUGCCGCAGCCAUUGCUGCCGGUGGCCAAGGCGCUGUGCCCAACCCCGUCGCUGUCCCCAACCAGAAACUCGAUGAGAACCCUGCCACGACCGAUGACCUGAAGGUCGAGUCCACCGGCGCCGCCGCCGAAGUCGCCGCCCAGCCUGAAGCUGCCGUCGAAGAGAAGCCUGCUGUCGACUACACUCGCGGCCUGCCCGCGACAGAGCUAGAGGCCGAGUUGCAGAAGCGCAAGGCGCGCGCCGAGAAGUUCGGCAUUGUCGAGGAUUCUGAGACAGCAUUGAAGGAGGCUACGAAGCAACUGGAGCGCGCAAAGCGGUUCGGUACCGGUGCCGAGGCCGAGAUCUCCCCCGGUGCGGGUGUAAGUCGCCUGGACCAGGCACUCCCUGACGAGCGGUCUCGCAAGAGGGGCCGCGAGGCUCGUGCCGACCAAGGCGGUCGUGGAGGCAAGAAGCGCGACACUGGCCGGAAUCGUAACCAGCGACGUGGAGAUGGGAACCGUAACCGCGAUGGCGGAAACCGGACCAAUGCUGGUGUAAAAAAGCCCAACGCUGGCAAUGGGAACAAUGCUCCCAAGAACUGGAGUGAGAAGGACAAUGCUGCUAUGGAGGCUCGCAAGAAGCGAUUUGCCGCUGCUGCUUAA